AUGUCUGAGGAAGCUGACAGACAGCGUCUCCUAACUGGCCAAACGGAGGACGGCGGUCAAAACCGCCGCUAUGGAGCCUGCGAAUGCCAAGACAUCAACCAAGACGGUCCUAAAACUGUCUUCAGCGCCGGCGUCCAGCCCGGUCUGACGGAGCCGGCGGCGCCUCUGACGCGCAGAGAGCAGAGACUGCUGGGCUGUCUGGCGCUGGUGGGUCUGCUGAGUGGCUCUCUGUUGGUGGUGAUGAUACCAUUCUUCCCGGUGGAGGCAGCCGCCCGCGGGCUCUCCCAGACCACCAUCAGUGCCGUGUUCAGCAGCUACGCGCUGGCGCAGACGGCGGCCAGCCCGCUGGUCGGCCGGCUGGCGCCCGUGGUGGGAGUCACGCGGCUCUACACGCUCGGCCUGGCCACGGCCGGCGUGACCACGGUGGUGUUCGGCGCCCUGCGGCACAUCGUCGACCCGCGCCUGUUCGCGGCGGCCUGUCUGGCGGUGCGGCUGGUCGAGGCGGCCGGCACCGCCGCUGUCUCCGGCUGCGCGCUCACUAUCAUCGCCAGCCAGUUCCCGACACGCACUAGCCGUGCGAUAGCGCUAGUCACCGCCUCCCAGGCCGUCGGCAUGGCCGCCGCCCCGGCCAUCGGCAGUGGCCUGUUCGCGCUCGGCGGCUUCUCGCUGCCCUUUUACGUGACCGGGGCGGCCCUGCUGCUAGUGGCCUCCCUGAACCACUGGCUGAUGCCGGUCGUGGAGCGCUGCCACCGGCCCGCGGUGCCCUACCUGAGCCUGUGGCGGGUGUUCGCCAGGUGCCCGGAGAACUGGCUGUGCCUGCUGACCGUGUUCCACUACUCGCUGGUGCUGCUGACGUUCGACACCUCCGUGGCGCCGUACGCCGACCGCACGCUCGGUGUCACGCCCUCCACGCUCGGACUCUACUUCACCGUCGCCACGAUCGCGUUCGCGCUCACCGCCUUCGUGUGGGCGCGGGUCGCCGAGACCUCACGACGUCCACACGCGUUCAUCGGCCUGGGUCUGCUGGUGGUGUCAGCCAGCCUGCUGUUGGCGCCGCCAUCGCCGCUGCUGGUCGGUCUCCAGCCGCACUGGUGGCUCCUCGGCCUGGGCAUGACGCUGAUGGAGGCGUUCUUCGGCGGCGCCUACAUCCCCUCGUUCCAGCUGAUGCUGGCGGCAGGAGUGGGCGCCGGACUGGCCGACGACCUCAUCAGUCAGGCGUUCGUCUCCGGCGUGCUGUGGACGGCUCACUCGCUGGGCAGUGUGGUCGGCCCGCCGCUCGGCGGCCUGGUCGUGGACCGGUACGGGUUUCCCGUGAUGAUGACCGGUCUGUCAGCUCUGGUGUUGGUGGUUGCUGUGAUGAAUCUGUGCUACGCCGGCUGGGUCGCAUGCCGCCCAACCUCAGCCAAUCCCAGCGAGUCAAACUCCGCGGGUGAACGCAUUCAGAGCAAGGCAUAA